UCCAAAGCUCUUCAGUUUGACUGUGCAAGCAGACGCCUUGGGGUUUUUUCCUUCAAGCUGGCAGAGGCCAUGGGACAAGAAGAAAGUCACAAUGAGGAGAUGGACUUGGCAAGGAUUCAUGAGCUGUGUGUCAUUUUCAUGAAGGAGUGUCCGAGCGGUGCCCUGCACCUGCAUGAGUUCAAGAAGAUCUUUGGAGUUCCAAGCAGCUCUGUAGAGGAGUCCCUUUUCAUAGAAACAAUAUUCAACUCGUUCGACACAAACAAGGAUAACACACUGGAUUUCCUCGAGUAUGUGGCAGCACUUCACUUGAUCUUACGAGGUAAUCUUGAAGAUCGGCUCAAGUGGUCCUUCAAGAUGUAUGACAGUGAUGGAAACGGCAGGCUGGACAGGACGGAGGUGAAACGGCUUGUCAGGAUUCUUUACAAAAUCAAACUCCACAAGACUCACAUAAGCAUGACUCCAUCCCAAAUCUGUGACCGAAUCUUCCAGCUGGUUGACCAGAAUAAUGAUGGUGAGAUAACCUUGUUGGAGUUCAUGGAGGGAGCUCAGAAGGAUGAAUGGGUCAUGGACCUACUGAAGCUUGAUGUCAACGCCACCGGCUGGGUCAUUCAGAACUGCGGCAGACUGGAAUCAGCCACAUGAUGUAUUUGGAGGCCGACAGAGUGGUGCUAUCUACAUACCUGAGGUUUAAAAGUUUGCCUUUGUCUCCACGUUCAUCUCCCUGCAACUUGGAGCUGGAGCACAGUGAACUGUUUCAUAGCUGCAGUUCAGCGGGGGUGGCUGGUCCAACAGUCCAACAGGCAUUGCUUUGUGUCUGUGGUCCGAGCUUCUUAUCAGACUUAUUUUUCAAAAUGUCAAAACUGGAAAAAAAUAGCACUUAGCUUCAGGCAGACUCCAUGUCAUUUCACUGGACAAUAUCCAAAAACAGGUGAAAAGAAAAAGAAGAGAAAAAAUAGAACAAAAAGAAAAGAAACGUGUGCAAUGACUUUAGUUAAUCACACACUGUUUCAGGAUAUCAAGCAACAUUUGUCCACCUAAAGAAAUCGAAACUCACAAAACGUCUGAUGUAAAUUCAUAUUCAUGUGUUAUUAUUAUAUUCUUAGAUCCAUAAUGGUUACCCAUACAGGAUCAUAUCUUAUAAAUAUAUUUAUACAGAGAGACAGAGUUAAUUUACACUGUCAACAAAAA